AUGCAGUCGGAACCAAUUGGAAAAUUACUUAUUGCAAACCGUGGAGAGAUCGCAUGCAGAAUUGUCAAUACCUGCAAACGAUUAGGAAUAUCAACGGUUGCUGUAUACUCUGAUAGUGACCGGAAUGCCCUUUUUGUAAAAUUGGCAGAUGAAGCAAUUCACUUAGGACCUUCACCUCCAGUAGAUUCAUAUUUACAUGGAGAUAAAAUCAUUAGGGCAGCCAAGAGUGUUGGAGCAGAUGCUAUUCAUCCUGGUUAUGGAUUUUUAUCGGAAAAUGCUGAAUUCGCAAAGUUAACAUCUAAUUCAGGAAUUCGCUUUAUUGGUCCUUCACCCGAAUCGAUAUUAGCCAUUGGCGACAAGAUUAGGGCUAAGAAUUUGCUUGCUGAACAUCUUCCAUCUGUACCUCUUAUACCCGGUUAUAAUGGGUUAGAUCAAAGUAUAGAAGUGUUAGUACAAGAAGCUAUUAUAAUUGGCUUUCCGGUAUUAUUAAAAGCCUCAGCUGGCGGAGGAGGCAAAGGUAUGCGCGUUGUUCAUGAGGAAUCUAAAUUGCGAGAAGAAUUAGAACAUGCAAAAUUGGAAUCAUUGAAAUUAUUCGGUUCAGAUGAAUUGUUAAUAGAAAAAUAUUUUGUCUCGGUCCGGCAUGUUGAGAUACAAAUAAUUGGGGAUAACUAUGGGAAUGUUUAUCAUUGUUUUGAGAGAGAUUGUUCAAUACAACGUCGUCAUCAAAAAGUCAUCGAGGAAACACCUUCACCUUGUUUGGACCCUGUUCUGAGAGAAGAAAUGACCACAACGGCUAUACAAAUUGGUAAGUUCCUUAAAUAUCAAGGAGCUGGCACAAUAGAAUUUAUUUUGGAUGAAAGAGAAAAGAAAUUUUAUUUUCUUGAGAUGAAUACACGUUUGCAAGUUGAGCAUCCUAUUACAGAAUUAGUAACAGGAUUAGAUUUAGUUGAAUUACAAAUAUUAGUAGCACAAGGAUUUGAUUUAUCCCUAUCAAAACUGCCUACAUUGAAACUAAACGGACAUGCUAUUGAAUGCAGGCUUUAUUCUGAAAAUCCGAAAAAUAAUUUUCUUCCAAGUAAAGGUAAAAUACGAUAUUGGAAACAAUUAACGGUACCAAAUAUUCGUUAUGACACAGGGAUAGAAACAGGUUCCGAAAUAUCGAUAUAUUAUGAUCCAUUAAUAUCAAAAAUAUCAGUAUGGUCACCAACAAGAUCCCAAUCUAUACAAAAAAUGAUAUUUACAUUAAAAAAUACAAUUGUAUUAGGACUGAUUACAAAUCAAUCAUUCUUGUUAAGUAUAAUGAAAAAUUCUACUUUUAUGAGUGGUGCUUAUAAUACAUUAUUUAUAGAAAGAGAAUUUCCUCAAUUAUCUCUUCAAAAAGAAAGCCUUUUACAAGAUGAGAAUGAAUUAACCAUCGUACCAUUUUUAUGGUUAUGGUAUCAAAGGGAGAGACAACGUACUACGUUACGUCAUAUUCCAUCUGGGUGGCGCUAUUUAAAGAAUAAAAAUCCUACUGACGGAUAUUAUGUUAAUGGAAAUUUGAUUGAAUUAGAAUAUGAAUAUCUGAGAAAAAAUGAUGGGUCUUUUAAUAAUGAUAUGGAUCACAAGUUUAGUGUUUGGGUUAAGUCAUGGCCAAAAAGAAAAGAUGUGAUCCUGCAUAAUGUUAUAAUUAAUGAGAGUGAUGAAAAUAUUUACGGAUCAUUGCGCUGUUCUAUUGAGGGAAUUCAACGCGUAUAUGAAAUUGCAAAUGGACCAAAAGGUACAUAUCCACAAGAAGUUUAUGUUCAUAGCCAAGAAUUGGGAGAACAAAUUAAAUUUGUAAGAAAAGAAAGACUUAAUACUACGGCUGAAACAUCAGAAGAUGACGUUUCUCCGUAUAUAUCACCUAUGCCAUGUAAAAUAUUGAAAUUGUUAGUAAAGCCAAAUACAAAUGUUAAAAAAAAUGAUGUUUUAUUAAUAAUGGAAGCCAUGAAAAUGGAAGUUAAACUAUUUGCUAGACAUGAUGGAACUGCAAAAUUUUUAGUUAAGGAAGGUGAUGUUGUUGAUGCUGGAACUAUUUUGGUUAAAAUCAAUUAA